AUGAGCAGCCGCAGCCGCAGCGCCCGCCCGCACGGGCACCGCGGCUUUUGGCGAGUGCCCAAGGUUAUUGGUGGCGCUGCCUGUCAAUCGCCGGGGCAAAGACACUCCGGAUCGAGAAAGGACCCCAGCUCAGGGCUGUUUAGAUUGUGCCUGUCUGAGAGGGAGGACAGAGCAUGGCCGUUAGCACCCUUGCGAAACGCUCCUCUGGCCGCAGCAAAGCAGUGUAGCCGUGGGCUCCGUGAGGGACCUCUGUUCCUCUCUGCGCUGCCUCAGGUAACUGUAUAUGGCUCGCAGUUGUCAUCGGAAGCUUGCAGAGAACUGGGUUUCUCCAGUAACUUGCUAUGCAGUUCCUGCAACCUUCUGGGACAGUUCAGUCUGAAUGAGUUGGAUCCAUUCUGCAGGCAGUGCUGCCAGGAGGAAGCUCAGCUGGAAUCCAGAAAGCUUUAUGCAGGAGCUGUCCUAGAGGUAUGUGGAUGAAAAUUGGGAAGGUUCCCUCAAGUCCAGGCUUUCGUCAGGAGUGACAAGCCAAAGCUCUUCAGGGGACUGCAAAUCAAGUAUGUGCGUGGCUCUGACCCUGUACUGAAGCUGCUGGACGACAGCGGGAACAUUGCUGAAGAAUUGAGCAUCCUCAAGUGGAACACAGAUAGCGUGGAAGAAUUUUUAAGUGAAAAACUAGAACGUCUAUAAAGUUGUUUUCAGUUCUUUUCCCUUUUGUGUUUUGUCAUAGUAAUCUUCUCAGAUCAAAUUUGUCCUAAUUGAAAAUGCAUUCCAGCUUCUGUAUUAUUUCUCUUAAACAUCUAUUUUGCUGUACUAAAUGCCUCUUAAUUAGAAGGGGAAGCUUCAGCACACACAUCUGACAAGUUGACAAACAGAAUAGCUCAUCUUAAUAUAUUUCAGCUCUUAGUGCAUUUAUCACUAAUGAAAUGCUUUGUUACAAACUUAAUUAUGCAAUCAUCAAUUUGCUAUAAUUUGACCUGCUUUUAUGAACACUUUUAAAACCAAAAAGCUUCAACUAUCUGAAAAGAUUACCAUGCCUUUUGUAUGCUGCUCUGUAAAAACAGCAGAGCCAAAUGCAAUGUACUGUCUCUGGAAGUCCAAGAGGACAGCUAGUGUCCUCUUCUAUUUUCUAUUUGAACUGUCUUUUUUAUAGAAGAUUUGUUUACAAUGAGUAUCUAGUUCACAAGUUUGGAAGUGGAUGGAGGAACUCAUGC